UACGGACAUAGAAAGAUCUAUCCGUGGAAAGUCCAACAAAACAACAACAGCAACACAAAACAGCACACACGAGCGGCACAUUAACGAAGGAACACCGAGGGAGUGAGAAGGCCUUUUCGUGGAUGAACGGUUGGCCAUGAAAAAGCCCGAAGUACUGCGUGUUGUCAAGUGUUGCUUGCCCGCAAUCCUCUUCGAUUAUAAGAGAAAAAAGGCUAGUGAGGAUGCUAGCGAAAUAAAUAUCGACUUGCAAGUUGACGAUCUACAGGUGACAACAUUGUGUCGGUUGUGGGCAGGAAUGGGGCACAUUCAUCGCGUCCGCAUUUCCUUACCGGUAGGCUCAACAACCAGUGGCAAUAGAACUACCGGCAACGACGAUAUUGCUAUUAAGCACAUAAUUCCGCCUCCUUCAUCACAGCGGUCGUUCGGCGACCAUCGCAAAGCCUCCAGCUACCGCGUCGAAGCCAACUUUUACGAAAAUCUCGCACAAGAACUCAUCGCCAAAGGUGUCAGUGUACCCACUCCGUACCAUGUGGAGCGGGGUAAGGGUGAUUCUGUCAUCAUCGCCAUGUCGUACCACGAAAGCAAGGUCAAUCCGACGGAAAACCAGCAACGCGUGCGGCUCGUCUUGUCGUGGUUGGCACAAUUUCACGCUAUGUAUUGGGAUGCCGAUGCGGCGGAUCGCGUGGUCCAACAAGCGGGGCUGCAGGCUGUGGGAAGCUACUGGUAUCUGGCAACGCGUCCAGAUGAACACGAGGAGAUGCCGGACCACGGCUGGCAAGGAAGACUAAAGCGCGCCGCCCGUGCCAUUGAUGCGCGGCUACAGCGCGAUCCUUUGCAAUGCGUUAUACACGGGGACGCCAAGGAUGCAAACAUCUUGAUGGACGAGCAUGGAAAGGUCACCUUUUGUGAUUUCCACUCCGUAUCAAUCGACGACGAAAAGGAAGCUCUGGAAUAUUAUUGGAACGAGCUGAAAGCUCGAUUGCCACUAAACGUGUCGCCCGCGCCUACUUGGGAGCAGCUGCAAGAUUCCAUGGAAUUUGCAUAUGCGGACUUUUAUCGAUUCAUGAGUGGGUGGGGAUUUUGGGGGUCGGGAGCUGAACGUCGCGUAAUUGCGUUGUUGGACCGGCUCGAUCACGGUAGCAAGUUGGCGACCGAGGAAGACUAUGACGAAGCCGUACAACGAGAGUUUGGCUAA